CGACGGUCAAAUACCACCCGUGUUGUGCAUUCGAAUUUGAUUGCAAAUGACCGCAGCAUAAGGCAUUGCUCAAAGCUGCCGUACCAGCGCCUGCUAACGCCCUGGAUCAUCAAUGGACACGUGGAUGCGAUCUGCACGGUGCUGGCACGUCGCUGGCACAGAUUCGGCUCGAUCGAUUACAAGCAAGAAUGCGAUCGACUUGACAAGCGAUUCGUGUCACGACCACCUGAACCGUUGACGAUUCCGACUGUGGAUGGAACUUACGAUGCUCGACGACUGAACGAACAUGCUAAACAACAAGCAGAGAAAGCACAACUGCUUCGAUGUCGAAAAUGCUAUGCAAAGGUUUCGUUGAGGGAAGCUGAUGAACAUAAUUGUGGCAGAUUUGAUCCUCCUGUUGAGUUUUAUUUCUAG